GCAGGGUAGAUUACCAAGGAGAACACAUAGACGGUUGUGCUCUCGACCUAGAUGUAGUUAUCGUGUAGCGAGACCAUGAAAAGCGCCGAUUUCAGCCAAGAGUGAAGGUAGCACAAGAUAUGCCCAGAGGCCUCGGCAGCAUGGCAAGCCCUGAGGUGCAAGCGGGCAGCUAUGAGACCCCCACAGCUUCUGAACUACACAGACUGAUGUGGACAAAGAAAGGGGGGAACAACCGUAUGGACGAAGUUUACCCCCAGAUCUAUAUAGGAGACAUGUAUGCAGCAAAGGACAAGAGGACACUCCAGGCUCACCACAUCACCCAUGUCCUCAAUGCCGCUGAUGGAAAAUUCAACGUGAACACUGGACCAAGCUUUUACAGGGACACCGCCAUCACUUAUCAUGGAGUGGAAGCUUUUGACAUGCCGUCCUUUGACUUGAGUCCCUUCUUUUACCCAGCGGCCAGUUUUAUCAAGAAUGCUCUGAGUCUGCCCACAGGCAAGGUUUUUGUCCACUGCGCAAUGGGACUCAGCCGCUCCUCCACCUUGGUUCUGGCCUAUUUAAUGAUCCACGAGAACAUGACUCUGGUGGACGCCAUCAAAGCUGUCAGUGCUAACAGGAAUGUUUCACCCAACGAGGGAUUUCUGGAGCAGCUCCGGCGUCUGGACAAAAAGCUGCACUGUCAUUAGGCAGCUGAACCAUCAGAAUGGAUUUAGUUAAGCUUAAUUAUAAUGUGGCCUCUUGCUGAUAUGAAGCUGCUAUAACAACAAACACUAUGUAAAUCAUGUUGUUGUAUUGUCUUUGUAAAAUAUAUUCUAUCUGUGUUACAAAUAAAAGCUAAUAAUAGCUUAAAAUGUUAUGAUCUCGGACAAGAGCAUGUAGCCAUUACAAACUGAGGUGCAGUUGGUCUUUGAUUCAAAAUCAUUCAGAGGAACAAAAACAAGGGAGCAGAAACAUAACCCAUAAAACUUUGCAAGGCAUAACUUUUUAUUUGACUAAUUUGAAAGAAAACUGACUGAACAUCAAAACAAAUUUAUGGAUGGAUUGCUGUCCCCAUAAAAUGUAUUUUAUCGAAUGUUAAAAAUAUAAUACUAAUUCUACAACAAUAAUAAAAAAUUUCUUAUACAUUUUAGAGUGACAUUUCAAGAGGACAAAGCAAUUAACCUAAGUGUGAAGCCAAGUAAAGCAAGAGAUGCAGAAAUAUUUAAAUCCUACAGUGGUUCAUUUUACACUUGCGGGUUCUCUGUCAACUCAAAUUCAGAGAACAACAUGGCCAAUAAAGGGCAUAUUUCAUCAUAUGUUGUUGCCAGAAAGCAUAGGAUUCUUGAGAAUGCUGGCAUAAAUAUUUCACAACAAGGUUGUAAAUUGCUUUUCCAAAGCAGACAAGUGAAUUUCAACAAACAUUUCUGUAAAAAUGAGGAUUUUUAUAUGCAGGUGUGCAUCAACUGCAUUACAGCAGAUGAAGCGUUGACAGGUCGUCAAACAAUGCAAAGUGUGACCCAUCCGACCUGUCUUUACAAAAUAGUUCCUAACAUGGCCGCAAGUUGGACAGUGAAAGACUGGCGAGAACCAGCUAAUGUGGGAUCUAAGGUCCCUCAGUGGCUGGGGUCUACCAUCAACCCAACUCAUACACUUCAUCAAAGAGGUGAAGUACCAUUUAUGAUACAACUCCAAAUAUUGCAGCCUAUGCCUGAGUUGAGCAAAGUUGGAGGAGAUUAGUAGAGUCUAGCUGUCAUCUUGCAAACUGGUUGUUCGACCUACAGGGACAAAAAGACUAACUGUACCAUCUAGAAGCGAGUUAGCACCACAGUUCUCCUCAGGACAGCUUACAUUCGACCUUAUAGUUUACCUCAUCUAUCUUUGUUUUUUUCAGUGGAAUGUUGCUCCAAAUUACUUGCAAAAGAAUGUACAUAUUCUUAUUUAUUUAUUGGGUUUAUCUAAAAUAUUCAAAUGAAAAUGCAGUUUGGGAAGCUGAAACAUUUUGGCACAAUGCUAUGUGACACUAUUGGCUGGGAUUUGCAAAGCAGCCAAUCUGGGAACCGUACUCAUUUUCCUUGGCACUGAUUGGCUGUACCCCAAAGAGUGGGAUUAAGGAAAACUGUGGGCGUUAGCUUCUGCAGUAGUGCCAAAACGGUUCCCAUUGUGCUUAUUAAUGCAUAUUAAGGUAUAUUUGAUGUCUGAACUUAUAAAACAGGUAAUUAUACACAUUUCCAGAGGGGACCUCAUCAAGUAUUUGUAACUUUUAGUGGUUUGUUGUCCAUAAAUCCUGAAAUUACUAGUGUCCUCUACAAAUGAUUAGAGUUCCUGUGGAAAUGCUAAGAAGCCCCAACUUAUUGACUUGGAGUUGGAAGUGCAAAACGAGUUGCCCAGUGGGCCAUACUUGGUAAGCAGAGCUAGUUGAAGCAAAUGCAAGGUUAAGGCAGUCAUUGCUGGCAGUUAUUAACCAGCAGUCAUUAACCUAUUACCAGAAAAUUGAUUGUUAUUUCAACAGGAAAGGAUUGGAGCUUUCUAACCAAAACUGUUAAUUAAAUGAAUUGAUGUUUUUUGCAGUGACAGCCACAAUAGAGGAAGUAUUUAUAUUUUUCCCAAAGGUGCUGUAACCUUGGGAAAAUGUUGUGAAAGAAAACAGGUCAAGAGGGCAAAUUUCUCCUCAUCCACCAAAAACAGUGUUUUUCUGUUCAGAACACUUCUUGCCACAGCAGUUUGAAACUUUUUAUAAAGAAUCUUGGCCUCAAAGAAAGGAAAACCACAAGGCUGAGUGGCCAAGAAUGGACAUCAAGUACAACAAAUACAUGAACCAAUUAUUUUUCUGUCAGAACCACGCGAGUGCUUAAUUGGAGGUAUGUAAUUAGAACAAAAAUAAAUAAAUAAAUUUCAGUACUUUAACUUUGACAGAGAGAGUGUGACUACUGUGACAGGUGGUGUCCUCAGAAUAUUGUUUUAACAGUUACAGUACUGAAAUGGUUAAGACAUUACAAGAAAAAUGUGUACUGAUUAUGUGUAGAUAGGUGUGACUUUCAGCUCCUUCCAUUCACUGAAGCUACGUUUUACACUGCCACUGAACAGCCCACUAUAAUAAAGUAUUCUGAUGGCUUUCUGAAUUAUAAUUACUGUCACAAGCUGUCAUUCGCCACUGUGGAGAACGACAGGCAGACUGGCCUUGUUGCAAUGUCCAUCUGUUAGGUUUCCAAGCUGUUGCUUCCCAGAUAAAGCUUCACCUUACAUUUUCCUCAUCAGUGGAUAAAUCACGGCAUAAACCUUCAUCAAAUGAGUUUACAAUAAAGUUCGAAACUUUAAUAUCAGUAUUAGAUUCCUGGGUGGCCUCUGUGUUAAUUUUGGUCAUGGACGUAGUUCUGAGGAGAAAGUUGGACUUUUCUCUUUUUCAGAAGGUUGAAACUUAGUUACAUUUCAUAAUGUUUGAAACAAUGUUUUGGGGUGGAAUACAAAUGAAAUCUUCAAAUCUAGGUUGUAAUUUUUACAAUUAAAGUGUGUAAUAAAGGC